AUGCUUCUAGAACUCCCUGUUGACGUCCUUUUAGCGGUGAUAGAGCAGCUGCGGGACCCCUUCGCCCUGGAACAGCUGUCCUAUGUCUCUAAGUUUUUAUGGGAUCUAUUACAGUCGUUCUUGUACAAAGACGUUGAAGUUUUGGCGUUAAGCGAGGAAAAACUUGACAGUGGGUGUCCUCAAGCACACAAGAUCCAUCAGCUUUGUAUCGCCAUUCCUAAGUCCAGGGAUUCGUCGUUGCAUCCACGACGGUCCACAAGAAGGUUCAAUCGUCAUCCAGAAACUCGCCACGAAUGUGCUGUCACUGAUACGAUCGUUUGGGAUCUAGGCACUUGUAUACCACCAGAGAUUCUCGGACCCAGUGGCGUGCUACAACUUCAUCACCAGAACCUUGAGUCUAUCCGUCUAAUUACCGACUAUCAUUGUCCGAAAUGUAAUUCACAUCCCCCGCUACGAUUGUCUGCCUUUGAAAAAUUGAAGAAAAUUACUUGGAUUGGACUGGGUUCUGCCCCCCGUUUCAACGAGCUGCGCAGCACGAUUAUCUCUCGGUCCCAUCAAUUGAUGGAGCUCAAUCUCGAUCUCGUCAGUCAUGUCAUCAUCCAUGUUACUAAACCAAGUCGUGCAGUCGAUGCACUCGCCUUACCAUGGUUACUCGGGCUGGAUGGCACUGUCAAGCAGCCGAUAUUUACAAAUCUCCGACACUUGUCUCUGUCACACAUUCCCUUGCAACCAGAGGCUGAGAAACUGGUGUCCUCAAUCAAAUUCGGUACUCUGCGUUCAUUGCGCCUGCGGAAUUGCCACGGCUGGGAAGAUUUGCUAAAAGAAAUCACACACUCGCAUCGCGACAUCCAACUAAAGACGUUCGAAAUUACGGCGCAUACCGAAAGUUUUUACAGCAAGCCUGAGCCCGGCAAGUAUAUACGGGACUUUCUAGGUGUACUCAGAGGCUUAGUAGAGCUAUAUGUGUCUAUCGAUUGCAAGUCAAGCAUUGACAAGAUGUGGACCGCCGCACUGCAACAUCGACAAACAUUAAGAUCCUUCGUUCACUACCGAAAGAGACAUUCGGUGCUUAAUUCCCAGAAUGGCCUACUCCAUAUGGAUAAUAGGGCUUACUUAUCCGAGAACCCAUCGUUGAGUGACCUCGGUAAACUCGACCUACACUUCCUCGCAAUAAGUUGCGAUCUUAUAUAUCUGGACAUCCUUUGCCAAAGGUUCACCGAGAACUCCUCAUUGUAUGUCCUCCACAUCCGAAAGUCAACCUACAAUGAACAAAAUCAUCCCAUUCCUCGUUUGAAAAAUAUAGCCAAUCCGAGCAAAUACCCCGACCUUAAUUCCCCUAGCAGACCCCAGAACUGGGCCCUCAGACCCGUAGACGGCCACAGCCUUCCGCCAGUAACAGACUCUCUGCAUGAGUUUCUGCAAUGGGCAUUUGGGCAGGGUGGGAUAUCCCCGUUGCAGAUCGUUGCAGUCGGCGAUUUCACUUAUAACGGUCGGUACGCGGCUAAGAAUAGCUUCUUUUGCAGAGCUCAGUCUCCGACCUCUGAUCAAAAUGGGUGUUUUCGGAAGUAUCGGAGGCUUUUAGACAAGGAUCGGUCUCUUUGGGCGCUGGUUGACCGCUAUUCGGAUUCGUUGCAGGCUUGUCCGACUGGUACCUUACUAUAG